AUGAGUCCACCGCACACCAUGACAUCCAACGAGGUUUAUUUGCUGCCGCUCAACGAUGAUGGCUCACCUCAGGUGCAAGGUGAGUACAUAUAUCUCGCGCCCAGGUCUCACGAGCCUGUAACGGUUCGUUUUGCCAUUGAGGGCACCUCGUCCAUCUGCCGUCAUGGCAGCCUUUGGGUCAACAUCCCUGCCCAAGGUGAUGAGUUUCGCCGCGAUCAUUUUCGCGAGUUCAAACUUACACCCGAUUUCAAUCGAACUCUCGAAAUCUCUAUUCCCAUUUACCAACCUGGUGCCUAUGCCUUCUACACUACCUACGCUGAGCUGCCCGACCUCAAGAAGGAGCUAGAAAAUAGCUCUGAACAGAAGGAGAACCUUAAGAAGACUCCCCUGUACUAUAUCGAUGUUGCGCCUAGACUCAAACUUGACGGCCGGCCAUUGCCUUUGCCUGCCUUGUCAAUCUUCUCUGUCAUUAGCAAGUUCAUGGGUAAAUACCCCAAUGACUGGGAGCGACACCUUCACGGUAUUAGCGACCGCGGCUACAACAUGAUCCAUUUUACUCCUCUUCAGGUGCGCGGAGUGUCCAACUCCCCAUACAGUUUGUAUGACCAGCUCGGCUGGGACCCUGCUUGUUUCCCAGCAGGAGAGGAGGAUGUGCAGAAAAUGGUGGACAGUCUAGAGCGUAACCAUUCUUUGCUGAGUUUGACUGACAUUGUGCUAAACCACACCGCAAACAACACAAAAUGGCUUGAGGAGCACCCCGAAGCUGGCUAUAAUUUGAUCACAGCACCGUGGCUCGAGUCCGCUUAUCAACUUGACACAAGUCUCUUGGAGUUGAGCGACAACCUAGCAAAGUUGGGACUACCCACCGUAGUCAAGUCCACCGAUGAUUUGCUACUCAUCAUGAAUGCGAUCAAGACCGAAGUCCUCGCCAAAAUCAGGCUCUGGGAAUACUAUGCGGUUGAUGUCGAUCGAGAUGCCGACGAGGCAGUCAAAGCUUUCUCUCAAGGAAAGAAAUACACCUCUGAGGACGCUUCAGAUUUCGAGAAGAAGCUGGAGAGCGCCAAAUCUGCAUCGAUCAAGGACCAAGUCGAGUUCUUCAGGGAGUUCGGUUUAGCAGGCACCGACCAAAUGGGUGAGCGCUAUCGAAGGCAUGUCAAGCCUGACGUAGCUGCUAGCUUUUUGGCCUCGUCUGUGGGUUCUUCCGAUGAGAAAGCAGCCAGGGCCAAGAUUGUCGAGAUCCUGGAGAUUCUCAACGUGGAUUACUACAAAGAGUAUGACGCUGAAGUGGAUGACAUUCUUCAGCAAAUUUUCAACAGGAUUAAGUAUGUCCGACUUGAUGACCACGGUCCCAAGCUUGGUGAGAUCAACAAGGAGAACCCCCUAAUUGAGCCUUACUUCACUCGACUCCCCAAAAAUGAGACAACAUCCAAGCUCAAGCCCGAAGAGAUGGCCUUGGUCAACAAUGGAUGGGUUUGGGGUGGUAAUGCUCUGGUCGACAACGCUGGCCCUGAAUCCAGAGUGUACCUUCGCCGAGAGGUAAUUGUCUGGGGCGACUGUGUCAAGUUACGAUACGGCUCAGGCCCCGAAGACAACCCUUGGUUGUGGGAGCAUAUGACUAAGUAUGCUCGUACACUGGCCAAAUACUUUGCCGGUCUCCGUAUUGAUAACUGUCACUCAACUCCCAUUCAUGUGGCUGAGCACAUUCUUGACGAGGCUCGCCGGGUGCGACCUGACUUGUAUGUGGUAGCCGAAUUGUUUACAGGCUCUGAAGAGAUGGACUACGUUUUUGUGAAACGUCUUGGUCUCAGCUCCCUUAUUCGCGAAGCCAUGCAGGCAUGGAGCACAGGUGAGCUUAGCCGACUGGUCCACAGACACGGCGGCCGACCUAUUGGAAGCUUUGAGGUCGAUGAAGUUUCCAAGUCGGAUGUCCGCACCCCAUCGAAUAGUCCGACCAGACUCAAGAACGGCGAGACGAAUGGACAUAUGUCACAUUCAAGAGAGAUUAUUCGCACGAUCAAGCCGAGCCCAGUGCAUGCUCUAUUCAUGGACUGCACUCAUGACAACGAGACACCAGCACAGAAGCGUGAUGCCCGUGAUACUCUGCCCAAUGCUGCCCUUGUCUGCAUGUGCUCCAGUGCUACUGGAAGUGUUAUGGGAUACGAUGAAAUCUACCCGAAGCUUGUCGACCUCGUCAACGAGACCCGACUCUACACAUCUGCCUCGUCUGGAACGAAACCUAUUAAGAUUGGAGGCGGUGAGGAGGGAAUUGGCGGCGUCAAGAAGCUGCUCAACCAAAUACACACUUUGAUGGGUAAGGAUGGAUACGAUGAGACUCACAUCCAUCACGAAGACCAGUACAUUACUGUUCACCGAGUGCACCCUGAAUCUCGCAAGGGUUACUUCCUUAUUGCACAUACAGCUUUCCCAGGCUACGGCAAUGGCAACGGUGAUUUUAGCCCUGUUCAUCUCACUGGAACUAAAGCUCGACACCUGGGUAGCUGGAUGCUCGAGGUUGACGCUGGUGAGGAGGCGACACAACAAGUGCUUGGGGACAAGAAGUUCCUGCGCGGCUUGCCUAGCCGAGUUAAGGACGUACCCGGCAUCCGCAUGGAAAUCAACGGCGACGACACUACCAUCACUACUUGGAUACCCGCUGCUGAGCAUUCGUCUGGUUUGGACAACUAUGUCACCUCAGGGUCCAAGGCAGCCUGGAAUGAGCUCAGUUUGACAGACCUCAACUUCUUGAUGUAUCGAUGCGAAGCUGAAGAGAGAGCCGAAAGUGAUGGCCGAGAUGGUGUCUACGACAUUCCUGGACAUGGAAAGCUUGUCUAUGCUGGUCUCCAGGGAUGGUGGAGUCUUCUCAAGAACAUCAUCAAAGACAACAACUUGGCCCACCCACUGUGCCAGAACCUACGUGAUGGUGAAUGGGCUCUAGAUUACAUCAUUGCAAGACUGCAACGAAUCAGUGCCACUCCAGGAAACGAAGCGCUUGCCCAACCCUUGAGAUGGCUGGAGGAGCGAUUUGAUGCUAUCCGAAAGAUCCCUAGUUUCCUUCUCCCUCGUUACUUUGGUCUUGUCCUGCGUACUGCUUACAUGGCAAGCUGGGACAGGUCUCUCGAGCUCAUGAACUCCAGCGUCCGAGACGGCCAAUGGUUUUUGCAAAGCUUGGCCAUGGUCAGUGUUCAACAGGUUGGAUAUGUUAAGUCAGCAUCCUUGUGGCCUUUCAAGUUGGUUCCUUCUUUGGCUGCUGGUCUCCCUCACUUCGCUGUUGAAUGGGCCCGAUGCUGGGGCCGAGACGUGUUCAUCGCUCUUCGUGGGCUUCUCAUCGGUACUGGGCGUUUUGAUGAUGCCAGAGAACACAUCCUUGCAUUUGCCAGUGUAUUGAAGCAUGGUAUGAUCCCCAACCUUCUCAGUAGCGGCGAUGCUCCCAGGUACAACUCUCGAGACUCUAUCUGGUUCUUCCUUCAGUGCAUUCAGGAUUAUACACGUUUUGCCCCAGAGGGACUUGAUAUCUUCAAGGCCAAGGUCAAGCGUCGUUUCCUGCCUUACGAUGACACUUGGUUCCCCACCAAUGAUGAGAGGGCAUACUCGAAGGAGAGCACCAUUGAGGAGGUUAUCCAAGAAGCACUCCAAAGACAUGCUUCAGGCAUGAAAUACAGGGAAGCUAAUGCCGGUCCCCAAAUUGAUGCCCAAAUGAAGGAUGAGGGUUUCAACCAGGAGAUCAAGGUUGAUUGGAGCAACGGUAUCAUCUUUGGCGGUAACCAGUUUAACUGUGGCACAUGGAUGGACAAGAUGGGUGAGAGUGAACGCGCAGGAUCCAAAGGAAUUCCUGGAACUCCUCGCGACGGUGCUGCUAUCGAGAUCACUGGUAUGCUGUACAGCACUCUCGAUUGGCUCGCUGGGCUUCAUGAGAAUGGAAAAUAUGCCUAUGCAGGCGUGGACAAAUCUGAGGGUGGCUCAAUCUCCUUGGCUGACUGGGCUGGUCUGCUCAAGGCCAACUUCGAGCGCUGCUACUAUGUCCCUAUUUCUCCCGAGGACGAUUCCAAGUACGACGUCAACACGCCGAUUGUGAACCGCCGAGGAAUUUACAAGGAUCUCUACAAGUCAGGCAAGGAGUAUGAGGACUACCAGCUACGUCCUAACUUUGCCAUCGCCAUGACCACUGCACCCGCUUUGUUCGACCCUGAUCAUGCUAUGCAUGCUCUGUGUGUUGCCGAUGAGGCCCUUCGGGGACCCCAAGGAAUGGCGACUCUGGACCCUGCGGAUCUGAACUACCGCCCUUACUACGUCAACAGUGAAGAUAGUGACGAUUUUGCUACAAGCAAGGGCCGUAACUACCACCAGGGACCUGAGUGGAUCUGGCCUACUGGUUUCUUCCUCCGAGCCCUGCUCAAGUUCGAUCUCAAGAGGCGAACAACACCCGAGGGUCGCACUGAGGCGUUCCAGCAGGUUACCCGAAGACUGAGCGGGUGCAAGAAGAUGAUCCAGGAGAGCCCUUGGGCUGGUCUCCAAGAGCUGACGCAAAAGAAUGGCGAAUACUGCGCCGACUCCAGUCCCACACAAGCUUGGUCGGCAGGAUGUCUGAUCGACUUAUACAUGGACGCUACUGAGGAGCAGAAUAAGGCAUAG